AUGGACCCUGUAGAUGUCCCUUUUCUGAGUUCUUCUAUUCAUGCUUCCUCAGUGGUGAGUCAUGGCCAUCUGAUGACAGCUGUGCACCUCUCCUUCACCAUAUAUUCUUUCAGUCUCACUCCAGACUCCAAGAAGAGGACACCUGUGACUUUGCAUAAUGGAGUUUUUAUAAGAAUAAUUUGCAAAUAUAUUUUGUCUAUCUCUAGGCCAUCAUUUAUCAAGCCCAGUGGGAAUCUAAUCCACACACCAACCACCAGUUUUAGGCAAAUUAAAAAUAAAAUUCCUCACAAUGAAGGAUAA